UAUGUUUAUUUUUUUGUGUGUUGAUUUACAUGUAGCAGCUUACCUCAUGUCCUUAUUUUGUUAAGUAAAUUUAAAUAUGCUACAACGUCUAACGAAGCCGGCGUUUCGUCCGUCAGAAGUUGAAAGGAAUGAACCAGCAAAAAAGAGUCCAAAGCAAAUUAUAUCCAUUCAAAAUCUUGACAGACCCGACCCUCCUGUUAUAAGAAGCGUUACACAUCAUAGUGUUGAACUUACAUGGGAUCGACCAAUGUGGAGUGAUGGAAAAAGCAACAACAGGCUCAAAUAUGCAAUACAAGAAGAGGAUAAAAAGACAAAAGGAUUUGGAACAGUCUAUAUAGGAUAUGCUGACUCCUACACUAUUGAAGGACUUGAACCUCUUCAAUCAUAUAAAUAUAGAUUAAAAGUAACAAAUAAUGCUGGUGACACUGGGGUCAGUCCACUUAUAUCAGUUUGUACAACAAAGGAACCAUACAAUGGACAGCAUUUACAUAAAGCAGUCAUGCAAAAUAAUGAAGAUUCAAUAUUGAAAAUUUUGUCAUCUGGGGAAGUGCAAAUAGAAGUUACUGAUGUGCUCGGUUAUACACCUUUAAUGAAUGCGUCACAGAAAGGAUUUUUAAAUGUUGUCAACAUAUUACUUGAACAUGGUGCUGACGUUGAAGCUAAGAAUGCAAGUGGGAAAAACAGUUUGAUGCUUGCUUGUUUCAUUGGAAAUUUGGAGAUUGUCAAGAGAUUGAGGUUAUCUGGAGCAUCAUGGGAUGUGAUGGAUAGAGGAGGUAGCACACCAGUGCAUUGGGCAGUUGAUAGUGGAAACCCUGAACUUGUAGAAUGGAUGGUUUCAGAUGGUGCAAAGAUUGGCAUCCGAGAUCGUACUGCAGGAUGGACGCCAUUACUCAGGUGUUGUGCGUUAUCUGGCAAUAAGAAAAUAGCACACAGUUUAAUUAAAAUGGGUUCAAAUGUCAAUGCAUCUGAUGAAGAUGGCAAAACACCACUCAUGAUUGCAGCAUUAAAUGGACACACUGAUCUUGUAAAAGAACUUGUGACUUAUGGAGCAAAUGUUGAUGCUAAAAAUAAGUAUGGAAAAAGUGCAAUUGAUAUGGCAAAGUCUUUUGAUAGAAGGGUUUAGCAUCCAUUUAAAGAGGUGACUAGGUGAGAAACCAAUAUUGAAAUAUUUUGAGGAAUUACUGGAAAAGAAGGAAAGUAAUCCAUAAUACAAAGACAAUCAACUAUUCUACCUUUUAUUAUUCUCAACGUACUUUUUUUCUUUCAAUUUUCAUUACUGUAAUAUAUAAAUUCAGAUGAGCAUUAUAUAAAAUGGAUGCCCAAAAUACUUUCCUAUUCUGAGAUUUUAUAUUAAUACUUUGUGAUUGAAUGUGUUUUAAAUGAUCCCAAAAGGCAAAAGAAUUAUUGUUUUGUAUGAUUCCACAUAACUAAUCUAUUUGUUGUACAAUCUCUUAUUGUAGUGGCUUGACGUAGCUAGAAUUUGGUUCACAAAGUUUCUCAAUGUUCUCACAUCACCCUGUACUCAGUGAUUGGAUUCUAGAUCUUUGGAACAAGUUCUCUUUUCUAAUGAACUUUGACCCUAACAACAAGAAGUUUCUCCAUUUCAGAAAACCAUGCAAAACUUAUAAGCUCUAUAAAAACACAAGAACUUGAUAAUAUAAGAUUACAUAAAUCUAAUAAAUAACUAUUGGAACACAAAAUCGAGCGCUAGUUGUCAGCUGUGGGGCAUGUUACCCAUUUGCAGCAGUCUUCUUACAUUCAAAACAAAAAUAAGUUUGCUGAUUAUUGCAACAUUUUAAAAAGGGUUCACACAAAUAAUCAUCACUGCUUCCUCUAAGUCUAAAUGCUAAACAAUAACAGGAAGCCAGUUCCAUUCUUAAUCAUAAUUAUUUCAUUUUAGAAUUACACAUUGUAAAUAUAUCUUUGUGGAUGCUAUCUUUCAUUCAUCAUCAACACCAUUCUUUGUAUUAGAUUCAGUUCCUAGUUUAGAAAUACAUAAAUCGUUGUUCUGAAGUUACUUUUUUAGACAUGUCUAAUAUUCUUAAACUCUCAGUAUAGUCAGUUUUUGUGUUAUAGAUUUUUUUGAAUAUUAUUAUAUUAGUCGUACUCGUUUUCAAUGAAAUUAUAUUAUUGCAACUAAUUAAUUUUAUGCAGUAAAAUACUUAUUUGUUGAUCAUUCACAACUCUGUUGGUUACUGAUCAAUGUCAGUGAUUAAGCCAAACACUAAUUAAAAAUUUACUUUUGAGAAAUCAAAAACAUGAUUUGCAAGUGGAAGCAUAACUGAUUAUGCAAUAUAAUUCCAUAUAUCCAUGAUUCAAAUUAGAAAGGAAUAUGCUAAAAUGAAUUAGUUAUGAUACUUGUCUACCAUUUAGGUGUGUUUCGUACACACAUUGCAACUUGAGAUUGGGGGAAGUUUCACUUCACUAAGAUUUUAAAGGGUAUCCAAUGAACUGUUCUCAUCUUCGUGUUUGUUAGAUUAUUUCUGUUGGAGACUGAUUUUUAUAUUUUGUGUUUUGUAUACUUGUACUAUUUUCAAUUAGGAUAGUAGAUUCACCCAACCCUAGAGACAACCUGGAGAUAUUAUAUAGAGAGGCGGUUCCUCGUAAGUUUAGACAUCCUCGAUUUGCUAUGAAACGUUUUUUUACUUUUCUCUUUUGAAAUGGUGUGGAACUGAACUGAACCGAUUUAUUUCUCACAUGUUACAUCGCAUGUUAACUUUUAAAUUCAUCACACAUAAAGUAUAACGUUUUAGACAUUUUGAUCAUCCGUGUGUUGACUGUUUAAAUGCAAUUGUAUGAAGUGUUUUUACGUCAGAGCUACAAUUGUUUAUUUAUGUAGAAGCGAGCCAGUUUUAUUUAUGUUAUAUACUUGGUUAUAAGCAGUUUAAGACUGACUGAUGCACAACUACUAAUUCUUCAACAUAUUCACAGCACUGAUUUUAUCUUGUCUUGUUAUUACCACUGUAUUAAAGUGUUUUGUUUAUACAUUUGUUUGUCUAGCUGCUUUCAAAAAUAAAAAAAGAAGAUAUAUGAAUUGUUUUGACUGAAUAUGAGAAGAUAUUUAUUAUGAGCUGAGAAUUCUUCAUCUAGUCGUUCAGCUUGGUAGCAUGUUUGCAAAAUAUAUGCCAAUUUAUUUAAAUUUUCAAAGGUAUUUACAUAUAUAUCAAUUCGGUCCACA